UUCUGUUACAAUUCAAACUCUGUAUUUUUUUCUGCUUCCAUACUCAGCCUUGUUUGCGCAAUAAUGUCAUUAAUUUUCUGCUUUUGGUGUGUUUAUUUAAGUAAUUUUAGGUGUAAAUGAUUUCCCCGGGAAUUCGAGGGGAAAAAUUGAGAUGGGUGUUGUUGAAACCUAAGAAAAAAAUGAUAGGGGUGUUGUAAUUGGUGCUUCGUAAUGAAGGAUAAGGGUAGGGAGUGAGAGAGAGAGAGGGGUCUUGAUUACUGAAGUUGAUUAAAUUUUUUAAUGAUGAUGCCUUAUAAGCAAGCUAGCUGAAUUUUGUUUCUUUUUCGUCUGAAGCUAUUUAAUUUUGAAUAUUUUCGGAGAAUGAGAGAGUAUUUAGGAGAAAUUUGAGAGGAUAUGUGAAAUGAGACUUCUUUUUUAUGACAAGGGAAACUCGCAGCCGCUACCCUUUGGGUGUGCAAAGGGUAAAAACCCCCGCUCCUAUGCAAUAGCUCGCAAAUUACAUACGAGAGGUAACCUGCACUAGGCAAGCCCGGUGCAACUAGCUCGACCCAGAAAGCAAACCCCUUGCUUUCGCUGGCACGGGAUUUCGAACUUGAGACCUCCAACAUGGAAGUCCCAAGCCCGAACCACCAGGCCACUUGAAGGGUAUAUGUGAAAUGAGACUUAAGAGUUGCAGGGAACGGAAAAUUGGUCUUCAUACACUCAUUCAGAGACUUUUGCCGGUGCAAGUGAGCAAGUGUCUAACAUUGUGAUAAAUCAGUGAGAUGGUCAGUAUUUCCAGCUGGCGUUCGGAUCUAGUUACAGGUGUACUCUGCCCCAAAAUUCAUGGAGUCUAUCCAAGAUUACCAUCCUAUACUGUGAGUUACAAGAGGAGCACACUCAAAAGUCAUGGUUGUGUUCAGCCUGUGUCUGGAAAGGUUCCUUGUAGAAGCAUUACGCAUUUGUCUCUUGCUGGUCGUGCUAUCAAAUGUGCUUCAUUUGUAGAAAGAAACUAUCAAUCUAGUGUCAAUGAUGAUGAGGAUCCAUUUUGGAUAAAUGCUACCAAGCAAUCUGUCCGGGCUGCAAAAUCUAUAAUGGAAUUCUUGGUUGAGCAGCCAAGUCAGCUGAAGUACAUAGAAUGGCCUGGAUUUCAAAGCACGCUGAAGACUGCAAUACUGGCACUUGUUCUAGUUGGGCUGUUUAUCAUUGCUUUAUUCUCAGUUGAUUCUGCAUUGUCUUACAUGUUGGCUCUAUUUUUGCGGAGAGCAGCAUGAUUCAAGAAAUAAGAUUUGAUUUUCUGGCAUCAGGCGAAGUCAACUCAUGCUAAUGGUGCUCCAAGUAACUUUUGCUUCUGGCACAAGGCUAUGCCCGAAAAUACAAGAUUGGCCUAACUUGAGCAGCAUGAGACUUGCAGCUUUUUGAGCAUCUGCUGAAUAUAUCACCACAGAGAGGACCAUUAUGAGAGUAUAGGGUUAUAUUACCUCUAGAAGACUAGAACUACUGUUAUAUAUGCUGGAAUGACAAGUGUACAUCUAUGUCUAUUUGCAUUGAUACAGAGGAUGUUGAUUACUCAUUUGUGCACUUCCUUAAACUGAUGAUAGACGUGUUAAACAUGUUAAUGUUUCUCUUGACUAGUUCUUUGCAUCAUGUUUAUUGGAAUUGGCUUCUCUUCUUGAA